CACGCAGAGAACAACACCACAGGAGCUAUGAAGAAGAGCUCAACACUCACAACGACUACGUCGAUGCCAACAAGCCCCACCUUGUCGGCUCAGACGUUGUCGGCCAGCCGCAUAAGUCUCAGCAGCAGCAAGUCGGGAAAGUCCUUUCAGUCGCAGAACGGGCCCGUGAGGCCCGGCAGUGGCUGUGUGAGCGCCAUUAAUGCCAAACGCGAGGAAAUUGAAAUCGAUACCAUUCUCGAGAAGGCAAAAUUCUACACCUCCGUGUGCCUUGGUUCAACUGCCAUACUGUCGGUGUUAACAUUCCUUUUCCUGAUACCAUUUGUCGUGGAUCCCGCCAUCUCGACAAUUAUCGCUGACUACGAUCCUGUGCCAGUCACCUGCAUCGUUAUAGAUCACAUCUAUGCGGAGGGCAUUAAGAACUGCAGUUGGAGCUCCUGUCGCGAGGGCUGCACCUCAUCACUCACAAAGUGCCAUCAGUUGUUUGUCAACUAUACGCGAAUUCCCUACAGUGAAUGGGAACGAAGUCCUCGAGACUUGGACACAGUAAAUUGGGAUGUUAGUUAUACGAAAUUCCUAAUUAACUCAGAGGGUUGUGGCUAUCCGCCGACAACCAAUUGCAGUGUCUUCGCCAGACAAUAUGGUUUCACGCACGUUGGGGAACCAUUUCCCUGUUACUACAGCCGAGCAUAUCCGGAAGUAGUCAUCGGUCGUUAUUCGUGGGAAAACAAUCUGUACCAUCUGGUAUUAUCGCUGAUCAUUCCGAAUGUGCUCUUUGCCAUCUCAAUCGGCGUCCUGAGUUACUGGUACUGUCCAUGUUGCGAAAAAUGGAACAAGUCCUCUCGAGUGUACGCCGAAAAGUUCCCGACCAAGGAAGACAAACUUCUAUGUCACAGUGAUGAAGAUGAUGAGAUGGAAUACUAGCGAAUAAAUUAUUUUAAAAUAGAAAAAUGGCAUUGUAGAACAUUACUAUACAUAGCUAAUACAAACAUCAAAUAAAAACCAUCAAUCAUUAAUACAAUACCAAUUAAAGCGGAGCAUCGAGCACAAGUAGAACCCUUUGGGAAAUUCGAUAAUAAUAAAUAGUUUAUUUGGUUUUUAAAUACAUAAAUUAAAUUUACUCUUUCUAUAAUUCAAUUACUAAAAAAAUGUUCUGCAAAGCAUUGUUUAUUAUUAUUUUGCUUUAAGAAUCAUCGGUGCUCCAUCAAAAUCUUCAAAGGUCAACCUCAAGAGAACUCAACCACAAAUUUCAAAAUGAUUGUUUUCAAAAAAGAAAUUGUGAUAGUAGUCAUAAUGUAUUAAGUAAAUUUGUGAAAAAUAAAAAAAAUCAAUGCAUUAUAUAUAGUAUGUAACCCUAACAUGGUUAUGUGAGUUACUCAGCUCCGGGACAAAGUUAAUAAUGCAAUCAGACCGAGAAACAUUUUAUGUUAACUAGAAAAAUUAUAUACGAGUAUAAGUUAAACACAUUUAUCUUUUUUGAUUUCCCAUUUUUAUUUCAUUUUUGUUAAUUAGUCAACAUUGAAAGCAUCUUAAGCUGAUUUAAGCCCAUAGAUAAAAGCUCACUUAACAUUUUUGAAAUAGCUUUAAAUUUUAUGUAAAACUGACAUUUAAAUUUAAUAUAUAACAAUGCGAGUAUAUAGCUUAAUAGCAAACGAAAAUAUGUAACGCACGUUGCUUAUGAGAACUUUUCCAAUCAUACAAAUUUGAAUGCAAAAUGUUGAAAAUUUUUUACUUAAUGUGUCUUUAUUAAUGAGCAAAAUAAUAAGCUAACGGCCUAAAUAAUAAUAAAAAGAACUACA